AUGCCACGUUCUCUCCAGAUUCUUUUGCUCCUGGCUUUGGCUUCUAGGAAUCAGAUAUUGAGUCGUCCAAUCACAUCAUUUGCGGCUAAUUGUGCUGAGCUUUACAAGGCUGGAAAUAAAACUAGCGGUGUCUACACGAUUUAUCCUGAUGGUUUAAGUGCCUUUGAUGUGUACUGUGACCAGAGCACAGGUGGAGGAGGGUGGACAGUCAUCCAGAAGAGAAUGGACGGCUCUGUAAAUUUUGCUCGUAGCUGGUGUGACUACAAGCAUGGCUUCGGUAACUUGAGUGGCGAGUUUUGGUUAGGACUAGACAAAAUAAACCGCCUCACUUGGAGAACAAAGAACAAGCUUAGAAUAGAUUUGGAAUUUAACCUCACCCUGGGCAUUCGACGAAUUUUCGAAGAGUACAACUUGUUAGUAGUUGAACCGGAAUUACAAGAUUAUGCCUUAACUAUUGGAAGUGUUUUAACAGGAAACGCAAGUGAUUCUUUCGAUUACAACCGCAACGCUUCGUUUUUUACAAUGGAAAAAGACACGCCGGACGGUUGUGCUAAGAAAUAUGGAGCUUGGUGGUAUCCCAAUAACGAAACUUGUGGUAACUCCAACCUUAACGGUCAAUACAAACAAAUAGACGGUUUAAGAUGGGCACGCUGGAGUCAAUAUAGGCCUCGUGAGCUCCAGUAUACAGCCACCAAAGCCGAAAUGAAGAUCAAGCCGGAUUGCUUUGGAUAA